UUAUCAUUGUGAGUAGAUUUGCUGGAGAAGAAUAUUUUAAGACUCAUUUAUAAAUGUGGAGAACCAAACUGAAGAUUAGGAAAAUGAGAAACUGAGAGAACCGAAAUGAAAGGAAAGUGAUGGGGAAACGCAAUGAAAAGUGUGGUAUGAAUGAAUGCUUAGCGGGAAGAUGUAUAAACACCCUGCAAGCAGAUCAAGAUGAACAUAGGGAAUUGGUUCCAGCUAACGUUUCUUGGGCAGCCUGUUGUUCCUUCAUCCCUAUGCCACAACUUUGGCCAGUAUGGAGGAGUCUCAUCUCAUCUUUAUUGUUUGCUGCCAUUGACCAGCCAUACAGAGCUCCCAGAAAACUGGACUGACACCAGAGAGACCUUACUGGAGGGCAUGCUCUUCAACCUGAAGUACCUGGGCAUGACACUGGUCGAACAGCCCAAAGGAGAGGAGCUGUCUGCCGCUGCUGUCAAAAGAAUUGUAGCAACGGCAAAAGCCAGUGGUCGAAAACUCCGGAAAGUAACCCUGAAAGUGUCUCCCAGAGGGAUAAUUCUCAGUGACAGUCUAACAAAUGAACCAAUCGAAAACAUCUCGAUAUACAGGAUAUCCUACUGCACAGCGGACAAAGUGCAUGACAAGGUGUUUGCCUAUAUUGCACAGAGUCAGUACAGCGAGAACCUGGAGUGCCACGCUUUCCUUUGCACCAAACGGAAAAUGGCUCAAGCCGUCACCCUUACGGUUGCUCAGGCAUUCAAAUUAGCAUUUGAAUUUUGGCAGGCAUCCAAGGAAGAGAAGGAGAAGCGGGAAAAGGCCAUCUUGGAAGGAGAAAGCACCAGCAGUCCCAGCUCAGAUAGCUCUGCCUCCUCAAAAGGAUCAGUCACCACAGGGAACCUGCUAGACCUGGAGAACUUUGUCAAAACUCCUUUGACCAUCAAUGCAAACUCCAUGGAGUUAGACGGAAGCAUCUUCAGGCCACAUUCUUCAGAAAACAACGUCAUGUGGGCGAUGGACGACGGGCUGGAUGAAGCUUUUUCAAGACUAGCUCAGUCUCGAACUAACCCCCAAGACCUUGACAUUGGCCUGACUGCUCAAGACAUCCAGAGUGCCGAAAUUCUCUCGCCUGUAGAUUGGGACAAAGUAGAUUCCACAACAGUGGCAGAAAAAGAUGACCACCUCUUUGGGUUCUGAUGUCCUGUUCAUCCUUUUCCUCCUGACAAGCUUUCCAAGUUAUGUAAUCACCACUGGGAACUUGGAUGCUCUGCAUUGUGGGUAAUUUCUAACUGGAAGGGUUUAUUUUAAAGAGGGGAGAGCAAGGCGAAGAUCUGGUCCAGAUGGAUGCUGUUAUGACACCCUACAACUCCUUAGACCAAAGCUUUAGAUAUUUCAUCUUUUUAUAUUAUAUAUAAAUAAAUAUAUAUAAUUUCUUUUUUUUUAUCUUUGCUUUUAUGUAAAUGAUGAGAUGCUCCUUGAAUAUAUUUAUUCACGAACCCUU